GCCACUGCUCAUGUGGUAUGUUCGGAGGAGACAUGGAAAGCUAGCACUUACUUUGUGAAAAACACUGUGGGAAGCCUGCAGCAAAAACUAAGCACCCCUACAAGUCAAUUCUUACUACUGGCUGCAUGAUUCCACCUGAGGUAACGCAAUCCUCUUCAGUUCGUGUUCAAAUGGAACACUAGACUGUGAAUAUUGAAAAUAUAAAUCAGUAUUAACUUUUAUGUGCAACUCUCUGGAUUAGCUCAAUUCUAUCUGAAAGGAAAGAAAACACCAGGUACAAACAAUGCAAGGUGAAAUCACUUUCGGAAUUCUUGGUCUCUUAUUAGUAUACUCAGUUAAUGGAUGUCCAGAGAGAUGUCUAUGCAACAUUACAUUGAAAGAAGUGAGCUGCACAGGUAACAGACUCUCAGAGAUUCCAAAAGGUGUUCCUCCUGACACAGAAAACCUAUACUUACAGAAUAACCAUAUUCACACAAUAUCAAAUGCUGCUUUUACUGAUAUGCCUCAACUGCAGGUAUUAGACUUGUCAAAUAACAUUAUUUCAAGUUUAUCAUCACAUACAUUUGAUGGAUUGCAUAAUCUUCUCAAACUGAAUCUUUCAAAUAACUCCAUCAACUACAUGGACAAUAAAACCCUUCAUGAAACCCAAAAUCUCAAGCAACUGGAUUUGUCAUUUAACAAUCUUACAAGUUUGCCUGAGGGUUUGUUCAAAAACCAGAAGAAUCUGAUCUGGCUUGGCAUGCAUCAAAACCAACUUCAUCAACUGGACACUGCCCUUUUGGAUUCACUGUCAAAUCUCCAGGUACUUUUGUUCCAGAAAAACAAAUGGAUAUGUGACUGUCACAUGGCUGGAUUGAAACUCUGGCUAGAAAGCUUUCUGUACAAAGGAGGUCAGAUUGAUGAGAUUCUCUGUACAGAACCUGAAGAUUUAAGAAGUAAAGACCUUAUGAAAAUUCCUCAUGAAUUAUUCGAACCAUGUUCCUCUGUUGAAUAUAAGUCACCUCAUGCAGACUCUGACCACAGAAAUCCUACUAUACAAAACCUUCAUGUCAAAAAUGAAAAUGACAAUAAUUCAGACUGUACUGCAAAGUCCAAGCCACGAACAGGCAGCUUACGUCAUGCUGUUGCCACAAUUGUGAUAACUGGUGUCAUCUGUGGCAUAGUUUGCCUGAUGAUGUUGGCAGCUGCAAUUUAUGGCUGUUCUUAUGCAGCUCUUAUGGCUAAAUAUCAAAGGGAACUAAAGAAAUUGGAACAUCUGGGUCCAGAGGUUGAACAAGGAAGUGCAGAAGAAAAGGAGCCACUAGACGGUUCACUGCCGUGAAUUUUGACUUCCCGACUGCAUUUAGAAUAUAUUCAUAAGUUAGCAGAUAUCUAAUGUACCUGUUUUAAUUGUUAAAGUACUUUGGACCUUCAGAAUUUUGCAUGUAAAUCAUUCAAUGUGUAUAUUAGUUUAGACUAAGUUUAAACUAAGUGUCAAUUAUAAAUAAGGUGUAGAGUCAAACAAAGAAGGGAAACAUAUAAGAUUAUUAAACACAUUAUAGAGAAUGCUAUGUAUUCAAUGAUAUAGUGCAAAAAGGAUCAUUUGUCGUUUCCAUUUAACCAUUAAUUGUAAGAUACAAUUUAUUCUUAUUAGUAAUUUAGUCUAUUCUUCAAAAUUGUAACUGGGAACACUUUGGUAUCCAUUACUAAAGAUACAUUUCAGCAAUUUAUUUUGUAUUACGUUUUGGGAUAAAAUUAUUCUGCUCAAAUAAGCCAUAUAAGAAUAUGGCCUUGAAAUUAUGUAGCGAAACUGUAGUAUGUCACUUGUUAAUAUAACCACAGAGGCAUUCACUUUUUUAUAAUGAAUGAAAAAGUAAAUCUUUUAAAGUAUUAAGUGUACAUAGGCUAAUAUAGUACAAUAUAAUUUUGAAGCCUAAAUCACCGAAAACCAAAAAUAUAUCAGAAAACCUUCUGAAAAUAUUUUCAGAUUAACAUGACCAAUAGUUGUAUCACUCCAUUGUUUUCAAAAGGAUAAAAAGUCAAAGAGAUCAAGAUUCCUGAUAGAAUAUAGUAUCAAUUUUUAAUUAUUACAAACAGUUAAUAUGAAAAGUAGUUGUUAAAAGAUGUUUUGUGAAAAAUGUAAUCUGUAAUCAAUCAUACAUAUAUUUGAAAUUUCAAAUUAAAGAGCUG